GGGCCUCUGUAUAUUUGUUUAGAGCAAAACCAUCAAAACAAAUACCAGUGGCUCCUCUAGCUCUUCCCUCUUCUAUAUAAUGAUCACCUCCUUCUGAAACCAUUCAAACCCAAACCCUCAAAUCAUUCAAAAUCACCUGUAAGAAAUCCCAAACCUUAAAGAGAGGAUCACUGCUUCUAUCAUAAAGAGAAAUUCAUCAUCAGUUCAUCACCAUCAUGAGUACUACUUCAAGAGCAAGCAAGGCCGUUGUGGCAGCAAGUGUUGGAGUUGUGGAGGCAUUGAAGGACCAAGGCAUUUGCAGAUGGAACACACCCACCAUAAGAUCCGUGCAUCAGCAAGCCAAGAACCAUUUCAGGUCAUUUUCUCAGGUCAACAAGAACAAGCUCUCCUCUUCUUCAACUUCAGCUUUGAGCAAAGUCAGGGAUGAGAAGCACAAGAAGUCAGAGGAGUCUUUGAGGACUGUCAUGUACUUAAGCUGCUGGGGUCCCAACUAGUUCAAUUAUUCAAGCUACCACUUGAUUACUUUGGCUUGGGCUGAACAAGAUUCAAACUUGUCAAUCGAUUGCUCUGGCUUGUGAUCAAAUAGAAGGAAAUUGAUCAUAGACGUCUCUGCAAUUAUUGUAGCAAAUUACUGUAGAUUUGCUGUAGACAUGCUCUGUACUAUUAACUUCGAUGGAGAGUUUAUAAUUUCAAUGAAAAAAGCAUAUAUGGCAAAUCAAAAACCCUUUGGCA